AGUCGCACCCCGAGUUGAGUCCGGACAAGUAGUCUCUACGCGACCGCCGUUGAAGUACAAUUUUCUCUAUAUACCAGAGUUAAAUUGGUUGAUAAUUGAAAAUUGUCUCAAUAUCACAGUUUAGUGUCUAUUUUCACAUUGAAAAUUGUAAUAGUUGCACUGUGUGUUGGGAAUUUGUGGAAUUUAGGAAUCUUUUUGCGUGGAAUUUCCACGAAUUUAUGUACAAUUUUCACAUAAAUUCUAGUCAACACUUUCUCUCGCCUUUCUUCCUUACCCCCAUAAUUUUAUGUGAAUGAAAAGAACGUUCUCUGUGGUGUCAUAAUCUAUGUUCAAAUGAUUAUUUCUAUAGUGGUGGAAUGUCUGUUAAUUUGGCAGGAUUUAGUGAAAGUCAACACAGUUAAAUUACCACGUAUUGUCCGUAUGAGUAUUUUCAUUUGAAAUUUUAUACCAAUUACAAUGGAUUUGUCAUGUGGUUUCGUGGUCCAAGUCAUCAACUGUGAAGCACAAUAAUUAAUGUGCACUCUGGGAAGAUUUAAGAAGAAUCUGUAUGUGCUAUGUGUAUUUGUUUUUAAGGGUGAGAAGGAAGAUUGCAUCAAAGUAAAAUAUAUUGAGUGAAAUAUUGUGAGUUUUUGGUGUCAAAUUUCACCAAAGUAAAAAUAUAAAAAAAGCAUAAUCUCCGUAGCAGCUUCCAAUCCGCUUUGCUAUAUUGUUUCUUCGGCGAGUGAAGGAAAUUUGGAGGAAAAAAAUGUACGGAUUUGUGAAUUACGCUCUUGAACUGCUCGUCAUCAAGAAUUUCGGAUUACAAAUAUGGAACCAAAUAAAAAAAAAGGCUGAAGUAACGAUGGAGGGACAAUUUCUCGUCCGACAGAUCUAUGAUGAUGAAAUAACAUACAAUCUGAUAGGUGCUGCUGUUGAAAUAUUAGAAAUACCCGCUGAUGCUAUUUUAGAGUUAUUCGGGAAGACCUUUUUUGAGUUCUGUCAGGAUUCUGGGUAUGAUAAAAUUCUCCAAGUCCUUGGUGCUACUCCACGGGAUUUUUUGCAGAAUCUCGACGCUCUUCACGACCAUUUGGGAACGCUGUAUCCGGGCAUGAGAGCACCCUCCUUCCGAUGUACGGAGAGUGAAAGUGGUCUCAAGUUACAUUACUAUUCUGAACGUCCCGGUCUUGAACAUAUUGUCAUAGGAAUAGUGAAGGCGGUGGCGUCGAAGCUUCAUGGCGUUGAUGUGGACAUUCAAAUAAUUAAACGAAAAGGCGAUCCCAUCGACAGUGUGGAUUCAGCGGGUGUACACAUAGCGAAAAGUGUCGACACAAAAGACAGUCAUAGUAUAAGCUUAGGAAAUCAAAAUCGUGUAGGAAAACAAAAUUGUACCUGUUUUAAAUCGUCUGUGCUACAGAAUGGAAACGACAAGAAUGUUAUUUGCACGUGUCAAGAAAAUUUGCAACAGAAUUUGAGUCGAAUCAGCAACGAGACGACUGCGGUGAGUCUGAAUGAAAAAGCAAUUUCAGAUGUUGGGAAUAGUGGAAAGAGUAGCACAGGAAGUCAAGAACUCUCGGACCAUAUCCAAUUUUUGAUAACAGAAACUUCUGGCUCAAAGACGGAGAAAUCAAUAUCGACAGAGGAGAAGGACCUACCUGAUGAUGCAGAAAUAACUUCUCAAGAUGAGCCCCUGAUAUCGCCAUCAACUUUCUGCAGAGUAUUUCCAUUUCAUAUAAUGUUCGAUCGGCAAAUGCGAAUUGUUCAAGCGGGAAAGUCAGUUUCACGCGUUAUACCAAGAGUAUCUGAAGAAAACUGCCCACUGCUGGAGGUGCUGGAAGCCGUGCGUCCUCACUUGGAUAUGACUUUCGAGAACGUUUUGGCUCACAUUAACACAAUUUACGUGCUGAAAACAAAACAAGGUGCAAUGGGCGAGCACGAGCGCUAUCUGAGACUGAAGGGUCAAAUGCUGUACAUACCCGAAUCUGAUUUGAUCCUGUUCCAGUGUUAUCCCAGUGUUAUGAAUCUCGAUGACCUCACCAAGAAGGGCUUGUUUAUAUCUGAUGUACCACUUCAUGAUGCAACGAGGGACUUGGUCUUGUUGUCUGAAAAAUUCGAGGCUGAAUACAAACUUACGAGAAAUUUGGAAAUUCUCACGGAUAAACUUCAGCAAACGUACCGCGAACUCGAGAGUGAGAAACAGAAGACAGAUCGCUUACUGUAUUCCGUUCUACCCAAAACUGUUGCUAACGAGUUGAGGCAUCAGAGACCUGUCCCACCCAAAAGGUACGUCAGUGUUACUGUAAUGUUUUCCGGUAUCGUUGGCUUCGGGAAGUACUGCGCUGAGAAUACGGAUGCCGAGGGCGCGAUGAAAAUAGUGAAAAUGCUAAAUGAACUCUAUACAGUGUUUGAUGCCUUAACUGAUUCCAAGCGAAAUCCCAAUAUUUACAAAGUGGAGACUGUGGGUGAUAAAUACAUGGCUGUGUCUGGCCUUCCAGACCCAUGUGAGAAUCACGCCAAGUGCAUUUCCAAUCUUGCCCUCGACAUGAUGGAUAUGGCAAAGAAUGUCAUGAUGGGAUCUCAGCCAGUGAAAGUCACAAUUGGUAUACAUUCAGGAGAGGUUGUGACGGGGGUGAUUGGAAAAAGAAUGCCGAGAUACUGUCUUUUUGGGAAUACAGUGAAUCUUACGAGUCGCACAGAAACGACUGGCGCCCCAGGAUGUAUUAAUGUGAGCGAAGAGACCUACAAACUCCUCAGCCAGGGAGUAAACUACGAUGACUCAUUCCAGUUGGACUUCCGUGGUCCGGUCGUGAUGAAAGGUAAACCCGAACCAAUGAAUGUGUGGUUUUUGACGAGAGCCACCCCACGGGACAUUGUCGACAGUGUGGACCUCGAUUCAAUUUCGGUCGAUAACAAAUUAUAACCGAAUUGAAUAACUACGCAAUUUUGCAAUAUUAUUUUCCUCAAACUGGUACAUUUUCACAUGGAUGUUUCGAAGGAUAUGAUUAGUUUAUUUCUAUUGAUUGGAGAAUAAUUUGUUUCAUUCACUUUUUUUUUCGUGUUAUGCCUUGUCACCAUUUGCUAUUAUAAGGGCAUUCAAAAGAGAGCCAACAUCAACACCAUCAAAACGUAUAAAAAUAUUUUUAUUAUUCAUUUUAUUACUCUAUUAUUAUUAAUAUGUAAUGUGGUCGCUAUUACCGGAGAUUGACAACAUUAUAUAUAUCUAUAUAUGGAUUUAACGUAUACAGAAGAAA